CUCUCCUCAUUGGGCUUCAAAAAUUACUAUAUUUUCUAUGCUUCCCCGAGCCUUCGUUUCAUGUAAACAAAAUACAAUGUGUGGGUUUCGGGCACACACAUUGCUUCAUUUUCAGGAGCCCUCCCCCCUGCUCUGAAAAUGGGAGCCCUCCCCCCUGCUCUGAAAAUGGCCGCCUUCUAUUUUGGUGGUCGCAUUUCUUUCGCUUUCUAAUGGGUGGUCUCGGCAUAGAGUUAGAGAGAGAGAGAGUUACGUGAAGUGGAUGCAAGAUACGCAGAAAGAACUUGACGGAAGAAAUAAAUUACUAAAAUGCUUAAAAAAUAGGUCUUGGACAAAAAUGAAAAAUAACAUUGUUGUUAUUGUUAACGCUCAGAUCUUCAGAUUUGUCUACCUUGCACGUAUGUAAGAAAGGUCGGAACCAGGCGUUGAUGGAUUCCUAGUUUCACCCUUAAAUCAUGAAAUCAGGACCAAAGGAUGGCUGGCAUUCUAUUAUGCCUCCUUGUUUCGGAGGCAAAUCGGCCACACGCUUCUGCAUAUUCCCAAAAGUGAAGUCAGCAAGAUAUAGUCCAGGCAAUUCACCUGUCUAUCUGAAUGUGUACGAUUUGACACCUGUAAAUGGCUAUGUCUACUGGGCAGGCCUGGGUAUCUUUCAUUCUGGAGUGGAAGUUCAGGGGAUUGAAUAUGCAUUUGGAGCUCAUGACUACCCAACAAGCGGUGUCUUCGAGGUUGAACCUCGGCAGUGCCCUGGCUUCAAGUUUAGAAAGUCAAUAUAUAUGGGGACAACAUGCUUAGAUCCUGUCCAGGUUAGAGAGUUCAUGGAGAGUCAGUCAGCAAACUAUAAUGGUGAUACAUAUCACUUGAUUGCUAAGAACUGCAAUCAUUUCUGUGAGGAUAUAUGUUACAAGCUAACUGGUAACCGAAUGCCAAGAUGGGUAAACAGACUUGCAAGAAUAGGUUCACUGUGCAACUGCAUACUCCCUGAGGCCCUUAAAUCUACCACUGUAUGCCAUGACCCCGACUUCCAAGAAGAUGACAAUGAAAAGAAGAAACUGAGGAGCGUCUUUAGCUGCCUGUCAUCAAUCUCCAUGCAUCAGAAGGAAGUAUCAAUGUCAUCCUUGUUUCUGCAUUCUCACUACAAAGGCUGCUUACCUCCAUGGGAUUUGAAGAGGUCUAGAACUGGUUCAUUGAAGGAACAGUGAAAAGACAUUAUUUCUUUAUUACUUUCUGCAGUUGAAGGCAGACUGGACGUCCAUCUUGCAAGAUUGAGCUAUUGAAGCCUGGAGGUAUGGGGUAUUCCUGCUCAAAUGCAUCCGUAAGGCCUUAGGGUAAAAUCUGUGAGUUUGUUGUUGUGGAUGUAGAAAUUGAAGGCUUCUGGUCUUCUGUCUUUGCCAACUUGUGUGGAGUUUGCUUGUUGUAUUUGUAAAAUCCUUCUGAUAUAUAUAUUUUUUUUGAUAAGUUUAAAUCCUGCUGAUAUUAGGCUAUUAGCUUCAUUGAUAUGCAGCCACAUUUUUAUUACACACCAAGAAUCCAAAUAGAUUUCUGAAUUGUUUUAUACCA